AUGGAUAUACUCUACGAUGAGUUGUUCGGGUUGAAGCGAUGCGCAAGAUGCCAGGCGGCCAUAUCAUCUUCGGAGCUUGUGAUGCGCGCACGCGAGUUAGUGUUCCACGUGCACUGCUUCACUUGCGCAGCCUGCUCAGCCCUCCUCACCAAGGGGGACACCUUUGGGAUGAGGGACGGGGCUGUCUUCUGCCGCCUCCAUUACGCAGAGCUGCCGCCCCUCUCGCCGUACCCCCAAGAGCCGCCGUUCCCUCACGAGUAUCAUCACCCCCGGCUGACAUCGCCUCUUCCUCCUCAGCCUCCGGUUCCUCCAGAACCAGUCAAGAUACCAAACGCCUUCUUUCCCAAUGGAGCACCCGCGCCACGACAGAAGGGACAAGUCGGCAGAGUGCCAGAGCGUUCGGAUAGAGUACAAAGAUUGAUACAGAUCCCUGCACAGUGUGGUAGGGUACAAGCCAGUUGUGUACCCUAUGCAACAAGAGCCUUGACAACUUUGUUUUGA